UCUCCCGAAUGACAUCAGAGAGGAGAAUUGAGGCCACCAAGAAACCAUCGUUUCGCUAACCUGGAUUUAUUCGUGAUUUCAUCUUAAUAGUGAAGUGAAUUUAAAGGGGUUAGACGUAGAAGAAAGAGGACAUAUUUGUUGAUACGCGAUGAAGCUGACUCCUGCUGACCGCUGCGCCCUGCUGUUCAUCCAAGUGGUGGCCUGUGUAGGGUGCUUGAGUGGCCUGAUCAUGUGGUCGAACAAAGGAUACUCGGCUUCCGCUUUGGUCUUCGUGGUCGCUGGAGGUUCGAUAAGCAUCGCUGUCAUGUGCGGCCUCAUAUGCAACGUAUGCAGGAAACAGGAAUCCAACACCGAACCCAUUAUUGACCGUCCACCGAAAUACAGACUAACCUGGCGGAAGGAAUUCCUGAAAUCAAUCCCCGAUGACUUGAAGGCCGACAUUGAGGGAAGUUUCGGAUUGGAGAAGAAGAAGAAGAAGAAGAAGGACAGAAACAAGGAAAGACCUCGGGUGAUAUGGACUUCCGAGAGCGCAAAGGCACACCAAGCGCAGGAACGUCCGUUAGAAGUUUCUGGUGGCGUCGAGUCACCAUAUUUUGGCGCGAGUUCAUCCCAGCAGAAUAGAGUACAAGAUCCCGCUGUGAUUGUUGCUGCUGUUCAUGGCAUAAGUCAUUCCACGCCUUCUAGGGCAUUGUACCUCGAGCAUCAAUACCCGGGUAUAGGAAGACCUCCUUCUAGGAGUUUCCCAAGUGGAGAUUUGGGUGUAUACAGCACCCAAGCCGAUGACGGCCUACCUAGCUUCGAGGAGGUUCAGAGAUGGUUCUAAGUCCCACACCUUAGGAUCUGCUCACUCGUUUAUUUGCAUAGGAUUCCAUCUGUUUCCCUGGCCGCUAAAUUCACUCUUUACGUGAAGGCCGAAGGCAAGGGCAACGACAUAUCUAAACCUGGCGAAAGUCAGUAUUCAAAUGAUGAAGAAAAACGGGAAAAAAUAAUAGUUUGAGGACAACUCGAUACUCAUUAUGUAGCCAACGCCAGAUUUUAAAGAAUGCAAAGAAAUAAGAACAGGAGCUGACAAGUGACAAUUGGACAAUUUGUAUUUUUUUUACCAAUAUUUAUAUACUACAAUGUAUUAAUUAGUUUCUGCAUGUAAUGCUCAUCUAUGACUGUAUACUUUUGUAUAUUCUGAAUAUUUUGUUUGUAUAUAAUGUAUAAUUAUGUCCCAUUUUUAUGAUCUUAUGCCCAGCACACACACACAUAUGUAUUCCUUAUUUAUGUAUAUGACAUGUCCCUUUAAUUUAUGUCUGCAAUAUAUGCACCAUUUAUUUAUGCUAUCGAUGUAUAUGCUCAUUCAUAUCACUAAUAUCUACCCCAUCACCCUCCUCAUAUAUUGUUCUUGACUGCGAAAAGCAACGGAAAAUAAACCUAUUUUUAUAAAG